CCGAAAGCAAAAGUCAAAUAUCAAAUUCCAACGGUUGAUAAUUUGAAAAAAAUGAAAUAGAACGAGUUUAAAUGUAAUUUUAAGUGACAAAACAUUGAUAAAUAUUAUAAAAUGGAUGUAAUUAAGCAACCUGUUAAUUCUAGAAAUCGAUUUUUGAAACUUUCCUUGAAGAAAAACAAAACACAAAGCGCUGUUAAAAACACGAAACCUAAUCAGAGUUCCGAGGUGAUUAUUCUAGACGAGAGUUAUGAGAGAUUACGGUCUGACUUUCCAAAAAAUUUUCAAUCAUCACCAAAGAUAUAUUCACCAAUUACUAUCAACGACUCAUGUGAACUAUCACUUGAGGAAUUACCAGAAAUGACAAUGAAUAAGGAACCCAGCAAAUCUGGUAAUGUAUCACUUAAUCUAUCACAAUGUGUGUCACCAGUCAACAACAAUGAAUCAAAACCAAGCAAUGGAGGCUGGUCUCCAGCUCAAAACAUAAUCUGCGCCACACCAAGAUAUGAACAGGUACCAUCUACACCUAAAGAUGUAACCUGCGAGUCGCAACAGCACUGCUCUAUAAAGGAAAUCCAGAAUUCACACCACAAACUCCUGAACGAUAUUUAUGGAGACGUUUGGAAAUCUAUACCAAAGUUAUUCUCUAAAACACCGAAUCGUUUUAAUGGAGUAUCCAAGCAAUUGCAUUAUGAUGAUGAUGACAGUGAUAAAGAGAACAUACGAUCUGUCAUAAAACAGAACAGAGAGUUGUAUUUGACAGAGUCAGAUAAGAAACAAAUGAGGAAUGAUGUUACGGAUUCAGAGAAGAAGUCCAAAAAGAAGUUGUACACGGAGAAGGUUGCUAACACACCGGAUGUACCAAAGCCGAAGAUUAAAAUAACCCGGGACGUUCAGAGUACAACUAAGAAGAAAAAGAAAGGGAUGACGGUAACGGAGUUGGUGCAGACACUGGAUGGUGUGAAUACUUUGGAUAGCGUAGAUGUGUUGACAAAACGAGUUCAGAAUGUUGCUGUGACUGUACCAGAUAACUUGAAAAGACUGAGUUUCAUGGGCUCACUAGCUGACAACACACCACACUGGCGGUGUCACCCCGAAGCGUUACAAUACCACGACAACUACAAAGAACUCAAGGACCAGCUCGCGAGAAGACUGUUCAAAGAGUUCAACAAAUGCAUUUACGAUGACGCUCUGGACGCCGACCUGCCCAUCCUGUGGGACACCAAGUUGAGGACCACGGCUGGCACGACGACGAACCGGCUGAUAAAGAACUCCCGCGGAGAGCGCGUGCGCGCGGCCAGCGUCAAGCUGUCCGUCAAGGUGCUGGACGCGCCGCAGCGCCUGCGCGACACGCUGGCGCACGAGCUGUGCCACGCCGCCACCUGGCUGCUGGACGAGGCGAAGAAGUCGGUGCGCGUGUUCCCGGAGCUGGGCGAGAUCUCGCGCUGCCACGACAUGGAGAUACACUACAAGUACUGCUACAAGUGCACUCGCUGCGGCUACAGCAUAAAACGCCACUCGAAGUCCAUAGACGUGACGAAGAAGUGCUGCGGCUACUGCCGCGGAACCUUCGAGAUAAUCGUCAACAGGAAGAACAAAGAUGGCGUCGUGCUGUCCGCCCCCGCGCGCCGCGGCGCCGCCAACCAGUUCGCGCUCUACGUCAAACAGAACUAUGGCGCGCUGAAGAAUGGAAGAACUCACGCGCAGGUCAUGAAGAUGUUGGGGGAGCAGUUCUCGGCGACGAAGGGGAGGAGAAAGGAGGAGUGCGGGCCGGAUUUGUAGGUGUUUUUUAACGUUUUUUUUGUUGUUUUACUGGAGUAUUAUUUGGUAAUUAGAGACUUGUGGAUAUGGGUUUAUUCGGAACAUUAUUCAUCAUUACAUUCCUACAGUUCUCCAAAAGUGGAGAUAAAUAAAUAGAUGUUGAAGUAACACUAACAAUAAAGUCUGAUUUUGGAUUGCAUAUCCACUAUUUGUAUGAAAAAUUUCCUAACUUGAUAGUGUGACAGAUCAAUUGAAUUAAAAGAAAAUAGGAAUAAAUAAAAUAAUUAAUAUAUGUAAAUCAAUGACCAUUUCUCUUUAUUUUUAUUUAUAUGUUUUUUGUUUUUAAAGUGACACGUUUAUAAUGAAAUUUAUUUGCUUUAGUGUAAAACGUACGCUAUAAUCAGUAAAACCUAAACUUAAAAACUACAUCCGUUUAUGUACAGUAGUUCUUUGUAUUUUAUAUUAGUAUGACAUUUGUAAUGUGACUGAUUUUCAGUAAAAAAAAAAGAUUUUCAUAAAAACUAUGUACAUUUUAAAUUGUAAUUUGUACUUUGACAGUUUUCAUAGUCGUUAGCAUUUUAUUAAUGGAUUAGUAAUGGACAAUUAUCCAGUUGGAUACAAACUUAUGUAUGUUUUUAACUUUGCCA